UUUAUUUGAAUAUACAAAACUUAGAAGUUCCUGAUAUCAAAAUAUUGGAGUUUUAUGAGUAGAAGAUUUUGCUGUUGCCUGUUUCCCAUUUAUAUAGCUGUGUUAGUAUUUUGAUGGCUUGACAGAGAGAGGAAAGUUGAUUAUGUAAUUUACCAAGUAAAUUUAAAUACACUUUGGUCCAACUCUUUCUGUGUCUUGCUUUUGCUUGAGAAGACCAACAUAUAUAAAAUAUUACAACAGAAAGAUAUAUACUCUGUUAAAUUAAUUAAUCACUAGUUAACUUCCUUAAAUUUUUGUCUAAACAAAAAAAGUCAAAAUCUCCAGAGAUGAGACCUAUGAGCAUUUUGAGUCUCUUCUUUUUUCUUUUUCUCCAUCAUUCUUUCCUUAGUAAUACACAAAAAUUCUCUUCUAACAUUUCCAUUUGUGGGAAUCUCACCAUACAAUACCCUUUCCAACUACAAUAUGAAAACACUCAACAAAAUCCAAAUUAUUUUCCCCUAACGUGUACUGAUCAAGGUAAUACACUUCUCAAUAUUCCAUUUUCAGGAGAUUUUCUUGUAAAAGAAAUCAACUAUUCCAGCAAAGAGCUAAAACUCCAAAAUCCUUCUAAUUUUCUUCCAAGAAAGCUUCUAUAUUUAAACCUUUUUUCUUCUUCUCCGUUUUCGGCUUCUUCUUCUCACUUACAUGGAGACCUUCGACUAUCAUGGGAUGUUCACCUUGGCAAGUAUGGAGAGAGUAACAGGGCAAGCAGAGAAAACAGCAAUUCCAAUGCUCCAAGAACAGGUAGUACUUCACGUAAAGAAAUAAUCUUGAUCUUUUUUGUGGGUGCAUCCCUCAUUCUACCAUCCGUCCUCUGUUUAAUCUGCGUUUCAUGCCGAGUAUUUCUCGAACUAAGCCACCGCCGCCGAAUUGCUGCUGCCACUGCCGCUGCAGUUGCUACGGCAAGGUUCGCACCAAUGCCGAUGAUAGUGAUAGAAGGGCUCGAUGAAUCCACGAUUCAGUCCUAUCCAAAAGUGGUUCUUGGUGAAAGCAGGCGAAUUUCGGGAAUAAAUGUUAUGAUCUGCGCAAUCUGCUUAGGUGAGUACAGUGCGGGAGAAACACUGAGAUGCGUACCUGAAUGUGAACAUUGCUUCCAUGUUGAAUGUAUUGAUAAAUGGUUGAAGAUGAAUGGGACUUGCCCUGUCUGCCGGAAUUCUCUUUGUUCGUGAUCUUGUGCAGAUGCUUCAUAACUUCACUUCGACUCGAAUAAUGUAUAUCUAGAAAUAUGUUUUCUGAACAUAUAUGCACAGUAUAUUACACUCGA